AUGAAGGAAGAAAUUGAUAUGUUGAAGAGCAAUAUUAAAGGCGUGGAAAAAAGUGUAGAUGAAAUAUGGGCGACCAUUGAAGAUAUGAAAGAGGCAACCAAAGCUCUGAAAGACUCUAAACCGGUACAGGAGGACGAGAUGCAAGAACUGCGAGCGCUUCUUACAAAAACCAAAGGUGAGCUAAAGGAGGAAAGAGACAAAGCUAUAGAGCUGGAAGAUUAUACUCGGCGCGAGAAUCUAAAAUUUGACAAUAUCCCAGAAUCAGAAGAAGAAGGUGUUAACCACUCGCCGAAACAAGUUAUUCUCAGCAUUUUGCAAAAGGAGUUGCAAAUGGACACUGCACGAAUUCGAUUUCACGCAGUGCAUCGAAUUGGCAAGCGAAAAGAAAACAAACACAGACCGAUCAUUGCUCGCUUCGUUUGCCGAGAAGACAGAGACCAGGUUUUUGCCAGGAAGAAGGGAAUUAAAGAGAGCACAAGGUUCAAGGACGCUUACAUAACCGCGGAUUAUGCAAAAGCUAUACAAGAUGAAUGA